CCCAAGCUACUUAUCUGCAACCUUAUACCCCACAAUCCCGACUCCGUCAUCCGCACAACCGUGUUCGCUCCUCUUCGUCCUCUCCCGCCUGCCCUUCUCGUCUCCCCGGCCUCUUCCGAUGUCGCCGGCCUUCGAUUCCGCGAGAAGCUUCUCUACAUCGAGAACGACCUCGGCGUUGAUUCCUCCCGCGCCAGAGCCAGCGCCAUCGCCCUCAACCCUUCCCUCCGCUCGCCCCCCCCUUCCGCGCUACGCGCCUCGGCCGACUCUCUCCACUCCUUUGGCCUCGUACCCCCGACGUCGCCCGCGUCUUCACCAUGGACGCCUCCCUGCUCACCUGCGACCCCGGCGCCCACCCCCUCCCCGUCUUCCGCUUCCUCAUCGCCCCCGUCGCCAUUCCCUUGCCCGACCUCCGCAAGGCCGUUGGCCUCUGCCCCCGCCUUCUCGUCUCCAGCGUAUCGGAAGAGCUACGCCCGGCCCUCCACUUCCUCCGCCGCCGCCGCCGCCGCACCACUCUCCUCCUCGUCUCCAGCGUGGAGGACGCCCUCCUCCCCAAGCUCGACUACCUCCGCGGCCUUGGUUUCUCCGACGAGGAGACCCGUAGCAUGGUGCUCCGCUCGCCUGGUUUGCUCACCUUCAGCAUCGAGAAUAAUUUCAGGCCCAAGGUCGAGUUCCUGAUCCACGACAUGGGCAGGGAUCUCGCCGAGCUCAAGGAUUUCCCGCAGUAGGGCAAGAUCAUGCCCCGGCAUCGCUUGCUGGCAGAGAAGCGGCUCUGGAUGCCUCUCCCUGCGAUGCUCAAGGUCAGCGAUGGGGAGUUCAUUAGUCGUCCGGUGGAGAUGCAGCUGGGUUCUACCAACGACAAGCUGUAGGACAUCAUCAUGUGAGUCACUUUACGGUCCUUUUUAUUCUUCUGAUGAAAGAGAGGAUAUGGUGUAUGCACGGGUUAAUUACACGUUACCCUUACCUUUAGCAUCUCGCUCCAAAUACUUUAAAAAGUUAUAUUGACAUCUCUAUAAUUAUGAAAGUAAAACAUCUAGAUUUAUUUACCUUGAUAUCGUCGGUUUUAUCAAUGAAAACAUGAAAAUAAAAGGGCAAAAGGAUGAUUUUUAAUAUUUCAGUUGAUAGUGACGGACGAUGUCGGUGGUAGCGGACGAUGGUGCUACUAAGGGUCGCAGAUGGUUAUUGUGGAUGAGGAAAGCAAUGACGAGAGGUGAGAGCUGUUUGGCAACUACGUCGACAACGAGUUUGAUGGCGUAAUCAACAUCGAAUUUCGAGACCCAUAUUUUUCUAUUGUCGUUGUAUAUGUUCGUCGGGAGCUCGGCAACCGCUCACCUCCUUUCAGAGAUUCCCUUUCGGUCAACGACAACCGCAACGAAUAAAACUCUUCGACAAGCCCUCUAUCUCCCCUUUUUUAUGCUCAUGCUGAAACUAAUACGGUAGCGGGAGGAGCGGUAGGAGCUCCAGUGACCCUAGCUUCGGGUCAAGCAAUCUGCCCAAUGGGUCAGUAGCAAGGCGGCCACCACUAUCUACGUCAAUGUUGACGUAGAUGCAGAGCGGCAUCGCUUGACAACUGUGUCGGCGCCGACGCAGUUCUCGAGCGACGAAAGAGUUAUCGAUGUAUAUGCAGAGAGGCGAAAGGGUCGCUCGGCAACUGCGUCGGUGUUGACGUGAAUGCAAAGCGACCCUCAUCUCUCGUCGUUGCCUUCCUCAUCCACAAUAGCCAUCCGUGGCCCCUAAUGGCAUUGUCGUCGUCGUUGGCCACUACCGACUAGAACAUUAAAAUUAUCCUUUUGCCCUUUGUUUUCGUGUUCUUGUUGGUAAAACCGAUGACGUUAAGAUAAAUGGAUAUAUAUGUUUCACUUUCGUAACUAUAGGGAUACAAAUGUAACUUUUUAAAGUGUAGGGAUCAUAAUGCUAAAGGUAACUAACCAAGGGGACAAUAUGUAACUAGCCUUGUAUGGACAUAUGCUUGACUUAGAUCUUCUAAAACUUCAACUGCAAUUAGUUUACAUAUAUAGAAAAAGAUCUCUGACUUACAAUGGAAAAUUAGUGUUGCCAGCUUCAUGAGUAUCUCCCGUGACAUUCUCAUGUCUUGUUUUAUAGAAUUUUGUUGUGUUUAUUUAUUUACUUUUUGUUGUAUGGUUAUGUUACUACUGUUAUAAAAAUUAGACUGAAACUGAUCAGCACUGAUAAGGAAGAACUGGAAGAUCGAGCAUACAUUCUGUACAAAAUUAUUGCAGACUUUUAAAGUGCCUCCCAUGUGAAUCAUAUGUAUAAAUAUUAACAUUUUUUUAAUUGUGAGGUUUCCUCGAGUUGAUUGAUCUUACAUUGUGCUGUGUGUAAAUUCUUGCAUGCAAACGUAUGAUUACUCUCGGGUCUGUUAAGGGUUAUGUUUACAGUUUUUGGAUUGAAGAUCUGCACAACUAGUUUAUCCUACUCUGACAACAAAACAAGAAAAGAUGCUUGAAGCCAUAUGAACUUAAGCACAUGUUCGAUUCUCCUUAUUUUUUGAUCUUUUCACUUCUCGUAGGAAUCCUGGCUUUUGUCUUUCAUAUGAGUGCCACAUGUGGUUAUGUUCUUUGAGUUAUUGCUUAUUUUUUUCUCUUUUAAUUAAAAUGUGAUUUCCCAUCUUUGACAUCCCACAUUUAUGUACUUUUCACACACUCAAUUUGUUGACUUUGAACAUGUUUAGAAGCUAAUAGUAAAAUACGAUCUACUUAACUAGCCAUUUAAUUUCUUUUUGGGCAUAGGAUUUCAUGGAUUAACAUGAGCUAUAUGCUGCCUUGUUUAGCAGCCUAUUUUAUUAAACUUGAAACUUAUGUUAUUAUAGAUUAACUAUUACUGGGCUUUUCUUGUUAAUGAUUCCAAUAAUGAUAAAUAAAUAGUCCAAUCAUCUUAUGUUUUUAGGAUCGUGAUUAAGUAAUAACUAUUGUGGACUUUAAAUAGGCGCAUUCCUUUCUACUCACUCAAUUCUGCAAUUCCACAGAAUGGGAAAUGCAACUAACUAGCAAGGUAUUUAUUCCUACUAUUAACCAAGUUUCUCUCAAUGCAAGUCUAUUUGUGAUCAAGUGUGUGCCUCAACUUUCAAUUGAUUGAACUAAAAUGAAAGUAAGUUCAUUUACACCUUUGGAAGAGUAAAGUCCUCAAAAACAACAUGUGUGAUUGGAAGGAUAAAAUCAAGAUCCUUAGACUUCAGCUGGAGUCUACUUCAUUAAGAUAUGUGUUGUUGGUUUUCACAAAGCUUUUACACAGAGAACUCUAUAAAACUGAGUAUAUAUGUUUACAUUAACAACUUGUGUGAUACAAUUGCAGAGAUUUUUCACUCUGAAAACCGUAGAAGUUUUGGUUCCUACUUAUACUAGUGAUAUUUGAUUAAUAUACCGAUAACGAUGAAAUCUCCAUACCAACACUACCUACCUGAGGAAAAUGAAUUGAAUAAUGUGUAAUAUAACGGUAAUUGUUCCCUUAUAGUGGCUAUGCACAAAAUUUGGAGGGUUAUAACAAUGCCUUAUAACCUGUUGCUGUAUGUUGUAGUGACCAUCCUAUCUGGGUUAUAGCAGUUAGUUAAUGAUUUUUAUCACUGAUAAAUAAAGACUCUGAAUUUUAUGGUUAGAAAUGUGUGUUGAUUCAAUAGCUCUUAUUUUCUAUUGCUCUACUAAUCAUUCAAUGGACAGUGACUAUUUUCUGAGAGGACUGGUGACUCUUGGUUGUCAUUCUCCUGCAUUAUAAUCCAAUAUAAUGGCCUACUAUAACGGUGAAUAUUAAAAAUAAAAAAUCAUGGAAGUUGUGGGGGAAGUGUUGAGAACAGCCUACUACAACCAUUAUGAGAAGUAAUGGUCUUGAUGGGUUAAUUGUUACACCCACAAUGACAGAACUUUAGAAUCUCGACAGUAUGUAACUCCUGCCCCUCAAACUUGAUCCUAAGUAAUGAAUUUCCUGGUGUAUGAAAAUUGGUAUAUUCUUUUCAGAGGAUAGAUGUUACUGAAAAGUACUGAGUUAUUUAUUAGUCCGGUCAUCUGAAAUUUAGAGCCUAAGAAGACAUAAAGAAGAGACCAUACCUCAUGUUACCUGGUUAUUCAACUGCAUUACAUGUCCUGGACUCAUGAUCAUAUAAUCAAUACCUUGAAGGUUCAACAGGAGGCCACAUGUAAAUGAUUGUGCUCGAAGAGGACUGUGCAAGUUGUUGAUGGAUGUCAUUUUGCAUAUUUGUAGACUGGUGCAAGUUCCAGUUGAUCUUCAUACUUGGAACUUUCUUAUGCCUCUGUUCAGACUAUCUUGUUUGGUUAACUUGCACUGUGCUAUUAUUUGUUAUAGAUUGCAUUCUUAGAUUGUGCUACAGGCAUGAAAACAGAUCCAAAUGGUCCUCUAAUUUUGGUUCUUGACAUAAAAUGAUUUGUUUGCUCAAUUUCUUGGAUUCAGACAAAUUAUACAGAGAAAUCCACAUGGUUCUGUUAUAGCUUUGUUGGAAAUAAUUCCUUGUCAACCCGUCAGAACUCGUUGCUUCAUUCUUUCUACCCAUAUUUUCACCGAAUCUCACAAAGAUUUGUAGGGCAAGGAAGAAAGGAUACUGAAGAUAAAUUGUCACUCUUUCUCAGGUACCUCGAUACUGUGCAGCUGACAAGAACAGGAAGCCUCCCUUGUCGACUUAUCCCAUCAACAAAUCCUUCUCUGAUUCGAGCUUAGUACCACCCAACUAAACUUGCUUGAAGAAGGGAACUUCCCUUUCAAAUUAUUAUGUGCAGCAAUUAAUACAUCAUAGAGUGGGCACCAACAAAGUUCUAAGGAAUGAUGCAUCAACAUCUUCACUGUAAGUUGGAUAGUUCUGUCACAGAGUUGGAUGACAGUCACAGUACAAUCGCAAUCUGCUUGCCUUGGUCCAUGUAUCUGUAUCAUGAACAUGCCUAGAUUAGCAGUUCAGAUCGCUUUUUGAUUAAUUACAAUUCCGAGUAUUAGUAUCCUUUUACUAUUGUAGUACAUAAAUUUGCAAAACUACAAAAUAUGAAAUGCUAGGAAAGACACAAAAAAUGGUACUGAUGAAUUACAUUGUCUGUUUAGAGAUAUGACAAACUAUUUUGGGUGUCUGAAUCAUUGGGAAAACUGACUCGAAUACUUAAUUUUCAUUUGGUAUCUGUUCUCGAUCCAGUUGCAGGGAAGCACAUUCUAUCUCUAUAUUCUCCUUUUUGUUCCCAGAGUGUGGAGUUAAAUUGUAGACAUCCUACACUCUUCAAACACUUGCUGUGUGGAGUGUGGACAAAGCCAUGUGACCUCAUCUUCUUCAGACAUUCAAAUGGGGCCUAUCUGUUAAUUGUGCAUUCAAUGGGUGAGACAUCUCACUUGGUUGUUUCAAUUGGAGGGGAAGAUACCUAUGAGAUGAUUAAUCGUGCAUGGAGUAUAUAUGAAGUAGUUCAGAUGCUGAGUGGAACAACAUCCAAUGCUUGUUCUUCUGAUCUUUUAGUGAAAAGAGAAGCAAAAACAUACCAAUAAGUUUCUUCUCUCUUUCAGUUCCAGCUGCUUUUUUAUCCUUCUAGGUUGCUAUGCAGGUGGAUACAUUCACCGGAGGAACCCCACUGCGGCAGAAGUGAGCAUGCUUAGUAAGAACAGUGAUGUUAAAGGAGACAGAUGAAAUUUGUUGACUGGUACUUUAGAGAGAGAACUUUUGGGGGGGGGGGGGGGGGGGGUAGGUUUGUUUAACUCGAAGCUGUUCUCCAUAACUCUGCAUCUUCUGCCCACUGUAUCGUUGACCGCGAAGCACAUUGGUUCACUUCACUGCUGUUCAGUCUGAGAGAGUACAUUCCUGCCGCUGCUCCAUUCAAUAAACCAACCUCCAGCUGUGUCACUUAAUCCUACAGAUUGAGAUGUGGUGUCGGAGAAAAGAAGCUAAAACCCUUGAAAUGGAUUGACCUUUCUUCUGAGGUGGCGAAGAAAGUGAGCGGUGGUGCCACAGGUCAUGUGAGUGCAGUCGGGUACAUCCUUGUUGUGGAAACCUGUAGGCCCUUGUGUGUUCUCUUUUGGAUGUUGUCUUCUUGGCACCAUGCAGAACUGGGUGUCGAUGAGAGACCUGAAGCUUUCCACUCACCUGCACCAUGUUUGUCAAGUCUCAGUUGGUUCUCUGUCUCUCACCCAAAAAUCGGAACAGACAAUGGCCGCCCUCGGGAAGAACCACUUGCUGUUUGUGAGUUAAACGAACUGCUUCACCGGAUAGCUCAGGAAGAUGGAAGGGUUUGGUCGUGAAAGAAGCCUCAGUGGCGAGAGUAGCAAGCAAUGUUUCCGCUGGAUUCUUAAUUUCUAAGUGGCACUAAUUGAUGAAGAGAGAGAGAGAGAGAGAGAGAGAGAGAGAGAGAGAGAGAUGUGAUAUCUAUCAGAGAUGUUUCCCUCAGAAAAUUCAGUGAUGUUGAGCUCUACACUGGUCAAGGUUGGAAGGUAGCAGCCAUUCAUUAAAUUAGACUGAGAAGGUACAGGAGGGAGAGAGAGAGAGAGAGAUGAGAAGACACCCACACGUGUGGACCUGAGCCUGGUUCUUCUGGGGAGGAUGUUGAAGCAGUGAAAGCGUGACAAAUGGGCCUGUCAAGCUGGUGAAUGGUGGGGAGAAGCUGAUUGGGUUUCUGUUUCUAGUUCUUCUGUUCCCUCCACCCGCUGCCACCACCUCUGUCUCUCUUGAUGACCUACGCUUUAUUUCCCCCAUUUCCCUUCUUGUCGGAGUGACCCUGCAACUUUCUGCCGGAGGUGAAGGCAUGGCCAGUAGAUGUUAUGCGGACUCUUCUCCUUCUUCCUCAGCAAAAGGAGUUCCUUCUCAAACAGACUCUCUCUCCUUCAACACAGCCUCUUCGGUCGAGAGACAUCACUGCGGCUGCUGUACCUUGCCUUUCAUGGAGAGUUGCCUCAGCUUGCAGGAAAACGCUCAGCAGAACAGCGAGGUCAGUCAUGAUAAGUAUUUACUUGGAGAGAACACGACUGUUGGGAGCGGCGCUGCCGAAAGUGGACAGUCGAAGUCCUGUGCCAGAGGCCAUUGGAGGCCAGCUGAGGACUCCAAGCUCAAAGAACUGGUGGAACUCUACGGUCCCCAGAACUGGAACCUCAUAGCAGAAAAGCUGGAGGGCAGAUCAGGUAAGAGUUGCAGAUUGAGAUGGUUCAACCAGUUGGAUCCGAGGAUCAACAGAAGGCCUUUCACCGAAGAGGAAGAGGAGAAGCUGAUGACCGCUCACAGAUUGUAUGGUAACAAAUGGGCCAUGAUCGCGAGGCUUUUCCCUGGUAGAACCGACAAUGCGGUGAAGAACCACUGGCAUGUCAUCAUGGCGAGGAAGUAUAGGGAGCAAUCCUUCGCCUGUCGGAGGAGAAAGCUAAGCCAAGCUGUCCACCGGAGAUUUGAGGAAGUUGCUGCGGCAAGAGCAACAGCCGCCCGUGGCUUUGGCAGCAGUCAUUCUUCGCCUUCCUUCCCUUCUCGGACUCCUCUUGAUUCCUUCUCUGCUAACAAGGCUGAUGAGAAGGGUGAUAUGCAAAGUGCUGAGCCCUUCAUGGUGUUCGGACAGCAUUCUCCCCUCAGCUUGUCAAUGCAACAAUCAACCCACUUAUCCCAUGUUUCUGCCAAUGAGACACCAUUUGAAGAGAACUCAGAGAGCAGCCACCUUGAUGCUGCAGCCUCACCAACUUUCAUAGAUUUCCUUGGAGUAGGAGCCACAUGAGUUGUGAGGUGAAAGGAUCAAAACAAAGGCAGGCAGAAGAACAAUGCAAGAGGACUAGUUAGAAAAGCUGGGUGCCAAGAGAAUAGAGAGACCAAGAUGCCAGCACAGAGAAGAAGACACCAUUGUUGUUUGAGUUAAGGGGACAAAUUUUGCUUGGCCAUUUAACCUCUCAGUUUAUGUGAUUUAAACAUCCAAAGCCAGGGUAGAAUAUUUGUAUUUUAGUAGGUAAAAUUAGUUCCAGUCAAGUCUACUAAUUGGCUAAACUUGUGUUUACUCUGGUUGGAGACUCAAUUUCUCCUCCUUACUCUCAAGUUUAUGCUCUGAAAACAUUUUUCUCCAAGAAAAUGGGAGACAGUUCAUAAUCCACAAAAUAUUUGCACAUACAAAUUUGGACAUUGAAAUGCUUGUAACAGUAUCUUUUAACACAAUAUCAAUAUAAUUGCAUUAGGAACAAAUUAUUGAUGAUA